AUGGGCGCAGUUCAUCUCUACCUCGUCCGCCACGGCGAAUCAGUGGACAACGUCGCGAACCUCUUUGCAGGGUCUCGCGACGCGCCUCUUACGUCACAUGGCGUCCUCCAAGCCAGACGUCUGGGUGCUCACCUCGCCACACGAACCGCCUCGGCCUCGGCUAGCAUCACGCACAUCUUCGCUUCAAACCUCCAACGCGCCCAUCGCACUGCCGCAGCGGUCCGCGAUGCCGUUGACUCGCACCCCUCCGCCUCGUCGUCGAGAGUUGGCGCGAUUGAGGUCGUGCAGCUUCCUGAGCUCCGGGAAAAGCAUUUUGGCACAGGUGAGGGGCAGAAGUUUGGCGCCCGCAUGGGCUCUGGCCCUGACAGACCCAGGCACGAGGGUGCUGAGGACCAAGGGGCCAUGCGUAUGCGAGCUGAGCGGUUCGUUGAGGACUACCUUGCUCCUAUAUUCGCUUGUAUGGAAGCGGAGUCCGGGGACGGCGCGGAAAGCAUUGUCAUCGUCGCUCACGGUAUCAUCCUGGGCGUGUUGGCGAGGGUUCUCUGCACCGUUGGAAGUUUUGCUGCUGUAGGGCCUGUCACAAAGGAUCGCAUACAUUUCUCGUGGAGCAAUACCGGUUACGUUGAGAUGCACAUCACGACGACGCCGGUAUCGAGCGCGUCAAAGCAAGCGGUGCCCACUGUCAAGUGGCCCGGUCUGGCGCUCAAGACCGUCGCAGUCAACUGCACCGACCACCUUCGAGGGCUCAAAAAGACCGGCGGCGGUAUUGGCAGCGCAGAAUUUGACGAGAAGCAAAAGACGCUCAGGUUGUUUUUUGCGCCCACGUCAAAGAAGCGCAAACAUGACGAGGCCUGA